UCGUUCACUCACUCUUUCUCUCGCUUCAGCGUUCAUGCAAUGUGUGUGGCUCUAUGGAAAUCAACGUCUGUCAUACCAAUUUGGCAGAGAAGACUAAACCGUCAUUACUGUCAAUGAGAGCCUCAGUGUAGAUUGUGGACUAUUCGGUUUUACAUUUAGCAGGAAACAGACAUAGAAGCAACUUGCACCAAGGAUUUUUCAAUCUUCCUUGGGUCAACUGGUGUGUGUCUGCUUGUACCAAGCUGUGUAUGGCAAUGCGGCGGGUAACAGUCCCAUUGGUCAUUGGGCUGGUCGUGGCGGUGUUGUCGCUGCUGGCUGAACACUGUUGGGCGGAUGGUGGGGGCCCAAACCUUGCUGAACGAGUUAUUUGGGCAGUGAACGCUGGCGGGGAAGCUCACACAGACAUGCAUGGCAUUCAUUUUAAGAAGGAUCCAUUGGAAGGAAAGCUUGGGAAAGCUUCAGAUUAUGGAGUCCGUCUGCCCAUAUUGCGCUCUAGUCCUGAAGACCAAGUUCUCUACCAGACAGAACGCUACAAUGAGGAUACUUUUGGCUAUGAGGUGCCGAUUCGUGAGGAAGGAGACUAUAUACUAGUCAUGAAGUAUGCAGAGGUCUACUUUGCCCAGUCUCAGCAGAAGGUAUUUGACGUGCGUCUUAAUGACCACGUGGUGGUGAAAGAUCUGGAUAUCUUUGAGCGGGUGGGUCACAGUACAGCUCAUGACGAAAUAGUGCCCUUCUCAAUACGCCGCGGUAAGCUGAGUGUCCAGGGGGAGGUGUCCACCUUCAACGGCAAGCUCACUGUGGAGUUUGUCAAGGGUUAUUACGACAACCCCAAGGUCUGUGCUCUGUACGUGAUGAAGGGGACAUUAGACGAUGUACCAAAACUCCAGCCUCACCCUGGACUGGAGAAACGUGAAGAACUUGAAGAGGAGGAGGAAGAGGAGACUGAGGCAGGAGAAGAGGGUGGUAAGAAGAGUACCUCAACAGUUCCCAAGUACAAGGUCCAGUCGGGCCCCAGAACACCAAACCCGUACGCGGCUGACAAUAGCAGCCUCAUGUUCCCUAUCCUGGUGGCGUUCGGUGUGUUCAUCCCUACACUCUUCUGCCUCUGUCGGCUGUGAGAACGUAAGAUUGAGGGGGAAACGGGGACAUGAAGGACAAGAGACUGAAGAGGGAGGGGAGGUCAAAGUGACAUCAAAGACACAAGGCAAGCAUACAGAUGGGAGAGAGCACGAGAUCCAAGGGGAGAAUGGUGAUAAGAGGACAAAAGAGAGACCACAAUUUUGGAAUGCUGGGCAGGCUGCAGAAUAAAAUGCCUUCCUCACUGACUUUAAGGUCACACAGAGAAAAGGGAAUGAAGAGAGUGUGUUUGUGUGUGUGUUGUACAUUGACACAUUUUCACUACGUGGCACAUUUAACACAUUGCAAAUAAAUAAGACAGGAUUUACCACUUUCAAACCAGGUUUGUCUUGUCUGGCAGGAAGUGGCUGGGAUUAUACUGAGGGGUUCUGAAGUGUGAUUGGCUGUCCCUCUUUAUAGAUGGACGUAUUGCUAUGGCUUUGGAUGAGGUGUGGCUUGAAGUGAAGGGAAUGCAGAUAGGCUGCAAUGCUGAUCAACAAAAAUCAGGCCCAGUAUUUAGUCAGAUGGUACAGGAGGUGAUAUCCAGAAAAUUGACUGAUUCUUUAAAAGUUGGAAAUUGAAGAUAUUUUGUUUUAGAGAAUGCGUGUUUGGUGGAGGGGAGGGGGAGAUGGUUGCCAAUUUGAUCAGUUAGGCUUUAGAAUUUUGCUUUUGCUUGCUCUUUUUGACUUAAUUUUUGUGCUUGAUUAUCUCAACUUGCUGGUGUUGUAGAGCAAACAUGUAUCUUAGCUUUUGAUACAAGAUGUGCCAUAGUUUGUUGAGGAAGACAACAUACUAAUCAUUUGAACAAGUUAAUACUGUUACAGCCUGUUCUUUGCAGCGCAUUGAUGUUUCAUGUGCUGUUUUAUAAGACGGCUGAUUAAGUGUUAUCACAAAUUCAAGGUGGGCAUUCAAUUAUGUUGCAUAAUGUUUUUAAAAUGCAUGUGUACCUCAAUGGGACUAUCCCAUGCUGUGCUGUUUCAAAUAGCCAAUGCAAGUUUCCUCAAAUGUGAUCACAAGUAAGAAGUCCACUUGUUGUGCUGGCACGCAUAAAUAUCUGUCCUAGCAGGUACCUUCUGAGACAGCUAGACUUUAUCGUUAUCAGAAAUUGAAUCCUUUGAGGGUUUACAUGGUUUUUAAUCACAUUGAUAAAACCCUCUAACUUCUAUGUGUUUUCUGCUUAACGGUACAUGGCUUGGUUUGCAGCUGAUGAAAGGCCACCUCUGAAAGGCUAUGUGAAAUAGUUCUGAGUGAUUGAGUUACAUUGCCAACAUUGAGGGACCUGGUAAUUUAACAAAUACUCUAGUGGGACAGGUCCCGAAUCUCUGUGUCUAGAUUGACACAGAGAUGCGUGUAGUCCUUUGUCAUGGUCACUGCCUUUUCCACUCAUUUUAUGAUUGUGCAUGCCUUUUUGUUUCACCAAAGAGUGUUUUGUGUUGUAAAAUUUUGUUUGAUAAAACUCUUAGUAAUCCUCCAUUCAUAACACUGUGAUUGAUAUGAUUUAGUUUUUUAACUCACAUUGUUGGUGCUGUAGUGAUGAUUAAGUACUAGGUCAGGAUAUAAUGUAAACAUCAGAGAAGUUAUCCCUAUCCAAUGUGUCAUUAGGAUUUAUAAUAAUGGGAAGAGCCUAAGCGUUUUAUUUGAUUUAGUAUUUAUGUAAAGUCCUCUUUGAAAUACUGCUGGAUUCUUUAAAAAUAUUGGAAUAUAAAUGUAGGACUUACAAUGUGAAGAACAAUUGUGUGUUUAUAUAUAUAUUAUAUAUAUAUAUCUCAGUUAUCCAUAGCUACCUAGAGGAUUAGAAAGUGAAAUGAGUUUACUAGUUCUUUCUAUGUUAAACAUCUGUUGCCAAGCAAGAUUUUCAGUUGUAGGCUAAAUUGAAACUGGCUGUGACCAGAAAGCUUCAGAGCAGCCUUCUUAAUAAUUAUUUUAUUGCAAUUUUGAAAUGAUGUUCCCAGGGAAAAGUGUUUUUAAAAGCCUGCACACUUUUAGAACUAAAAGGCGCUAUUAGUCAAAUCAACAUGAUGUAAAAACAGUGUGCUUGCACCAGUCUUAAUCAUGCCUAUUCACUGUGCACCUGUGAGUAGAUAUGGGUGUGUGCAUGUUUCACUAUUGGGAAUAUUUUUCCUCUUCCCCAUCUCUUCAAAAAAUACAAUUUGUUCAGUUUAGGCUAGUAUUUUUGUCUCAUCAAUCCCUAGCAUACCUUGUCUUAAACUUGCCUUAAAGUAGACCGCAGCAUUUUGUUGUUAUUAAUGUCUAAGGUGUCCCAGUUACAUCCUAUAUUCUUCCAUUGAGUUAGCCUGGAAGUCAGUAGCUGCAUGUUUGCAUUGUUUUUGUGUGUCCAAUUGCCUCUGUAUCAAGAACGUACCUCUUUCCAAGAAUGACACGUAUUUUACCAAGCCUAUUUUACUGACUUGUCUUAUGUUCCCCCAAGCCUCUCCACACUUGUCAUUGAUUUCAUACUCGUUGAAUACUUGACAAAUAGAUGAUCCAUGUGUUGUAAAUCCCCUCACUCCUGAGGUUUCCCUCUCCAUGUUCCAUGCUGCUGGAAAAAACAGCCAGGGGAUGUUACAAUACUUGAUAGUCAGCUGAUAGUAGUUGUUUGGUUUGUGUUUUUUUUUAUAUAUAAACAAUCCAUAAAUAAAUCAGAAGCACCUUUGUUCCUUAGUUGAAAAACUGCAAAAACGUCAUUUAAUUCAGCACCAAAGUCAUAAUAUUUUGUUUGUUGGCUAAUCUAAUCUCUACACAGUUGCGUGUGUAUAUACUGUAUGGUACAAUAUCACACUUAUUGUAGUGUGAUAGCAGUUAUUUUUUCAUCUAAAUUGUUAUUAUUGAGGUGUUAGGGUUUUUUAAUGGUUAAUUGUAAAGAAGACUGUGGCCUUUCUGCUGGGCAUGACAGCCAGGUGAACACUGACUGUCAGGAAGAGAAAUGUGAUUAGCGUAGUAUGGAAUUCUUUACAUUUUAUAUUGUAUAAUUUAAGUAAGAACGUGGGGUUUAAUCUUGAUAUUUGUUAAAUGAUUAAUAAAGAUUUGUAGCUUUAACAUUUUCCUCAGGAUCUAAAAAAAAAAAAAAAAAAAUUUUACCAUGAUGUUUUAACUGGUUUAUUUUCAAAGCAUUUGUGUGUAAUUUUUGUUUUGAUUGAUUCCUUGUUGCCUUGGUUUUCAAUACAUUUGUGCUUUACCAUUAUCUGCUUUGAGGUUCCUUUUUUUGGUGUGCUUUUGAUUACUUAAUUGCAUGGUUAUUUUAUUUAUUUUUGCCCAGGAAAGUCCUAGUGUGCAAAAAUCCUAACCCUACAUGAGCUCACCUCGGAUAAGAAACAAAGGCUUGCCGUCAUAUAGAUAUGUAGGCCUAAGUCUUCAAUAAAUACAUUUAGCUACAUCACUCUCCCAUUAUCACCACUGAGGUACAGACAGACAACAAUCAUACACUCUUGUGCUCCACACACAGUCAUAAUCACAGAGUAUGUAUGAAUUGGUGUGAAUGUGUGUGAGAGAAAGUGAUCAAUGUCAGUAAGGAAUCCUACUCUCCUUAUUGAUUUCUCCCACCCCUGAGGGCUUUAGGCAGCAGGUGGACUGAUGGAGUAAUUUGAGAUGCCCCCACCUUACUUUUUGGCUCUGCAAAUAACAACUACAAAGUGGGAACUGCUGAUAAAUGCUGUCUCUUUUUAAUAAAUGUGCUAUUCUAUCUUA